AUGAAGAGGUCGCCUGAAGACGCGUUGGACGUAUCGACGGAUCGUCUGACAUGUGCCGAGCGUUGGGAGAAGAUUUUGGAGCAACGAGAGUGCGAACUCUACAAACAAUGGCUGGUGACCCAACCUCCAUCGGUUGAGCGACGAGCGUAUCCGACAUCCGUCGGAGUUAUGAAGAGGCCGCCUGAAGACGCGUUGGACGUAUCGACAGAUCGUCUGACAUGUGCCGAGCGUUGGGAGAAAAUUUUGGAGCAACAAGAGUGCGAUGAAGGUCGUCUGGACUCAUGA